UAGGUUCGACUAAUCAGUAUUGCAAAUAGAAAUCUUUUGUUUGGCGUAAUACAUCUUCCCGAACAACGCCUAGAAUCGUUUAUUCUGCUACCUCUUCCCUCUCGUCAUCUCUUUUCUAUCUGUAGGGAAAACAAAUGGAUGUUGAUAUCGACCAUUAUGCUUUUCUCGGAUUGCCGUCUGGCGAAGAAGGGUCCAAACUUACAGAGAAAGAAAUAACAAAAGCUUAUAAGGCAAAGGCACUACAGUUACAUCCAGAUAAGCGACCGGAUGACCCGGAUGCUCCUGCAAAUUUUCAGAAGUUGCAGACGUCGUAUGAGAUCCUUAAAGAUGAAAAGGCUAGAAAACUUUUUGAUGAUCUUCUUCGGGCAAAACAACAGAAAAUUCAACGGCAAUCACAACAAGACUCCAAACGUAGGAGAAUGAUGUCGGAUCUUGAGGAGAGAGAACGGGCUGCUUAUGCUUAUGAAUCGAGCGGUGCAGCUAAAAGCGAAGAGGAGAUUAUUGCCAGGCAACUUAAAGAAGAAAUUAGUAGAAUUCGUGAGAUGCAUGCAAAUAAGAUGAGGUUUACGGCAACCGGGACUUCACCUUCAAAGAAUGAAAGCGUUGGUGGAGAAAGAAGUAGCACGGGUGGAGGGGGUGUUAGUGCAGCCGAGAAGGAGAAAAUGCUUAAGGUCUCAUGGAUCAAGGGUGGUUUGAAUUAUACUGCACAAAGAUUGAGGGAGAUAUUUGAAAGAUUUGGUGAGGUGAAAGAUGUGGUUAUUAGGAGCUCCAAUAAAAAAGGAUCAGCGCUUAUCGUGAUGGGUACUAAAGAAGCAGUUGUUGCUGCGACUGGAACUGUGUGUGGAGAUCUUUCUAAUCCUUUGCUUGUUGUACCCCUUCAACCAGCUGGGGCUACUUCUUUCCCAACAGCCCAUGAGCCUGUGAAGCCUAAUGGUCCACAGUUGAAUGAACACCUGGUUGGUGUUGGGUAUCAAGCAUUUGAAGAUUCAGUCUUGCAAAAGCUUAAAAAGGCAGCUGAAAGACAAAAAUGAGCUACGAAAGCAUGUGUGCUCUAAAGUUCAAGUUCAAUAUCGCACAAAAGUUUCAACCGCCUCCCUGGAGAGGUAAUGUAUUGUAAAAGAAGCCACAACCUCUGUUUGUUGGUGCACUGACCAAUGACUUCAUCUACUUGUCACAGAUGCCUUUACCAUCUCUUGUACUAACAACCUAUAGUUGUACCAAGAAAUUUCAGUUAGAAACAUUGUAUCAUGUUAUGUACAAUGAUUACAAUGAACAUAAAAUUGUUUGUCUAGCAGAGUUUUACUGCAAUAGAUAAUAGGCAUUAGAAACUGAAUCAACGGCUAGAAAUUUGUUCAGAAUUUGAGUUUGAAUAACGAGUUAAAUGAAAAGGAAAAUGUCGUACGUGUA